AUGUCUAACAUGCAGCCAACCAGUAUCAAGUGUGUCGUUGUUGGUGAUGGUGCCGUCGGAAAGACCUGCCUCUUGAUCUCCUACACGACCAAUGCGUUCCCCGGCGAAUAUAUCCCAACUGUAUUUGACAACUAUUCCGCAAACGUCAUGGUCGACGGCAAGACCAUCUCGCUUGGUCUGUGGGAUACGGCCGGACAAGAAGACUAUGACCGUCUGCGUCCGCUGUCGUACCCCCAAACCGACGUGUUCCUGAUUUGCUUCUCGCUCGUCAGUCCCCCCAGUUUUGAGAACGUGCGAACCAAGUGGUGGCCUGAGAUUUCGCAUCAUGCUCCAAGCACUUCUCUCGUGCUUGUUGGCACCAAGCUCGAUUUGCGCGAUGAUCCUGCGACGAUUGACAAGCUCCGGGACCGCCGAAUGGCUCCGAUUUCGUACCCACAGGGUGUGCAGAUGGCCAAGGACAUUGGGGCUGUCAAGUACCUCGAGUGUUCGGCUCUGACGCAAAAGGGCCUCAAGACCGUAUUUGACGAGGCUAUUCGGUCGGUCUUGUCUCCUGCUCCCAGGCAGCCAAAGAAGAAGAGCGGUGGAUGCAUUGUAGCGUGA